AUGGAUGCCGAGGAUGCCUGGCAUGAAGCUGAGACCCCCACUGCCUCCAGCCUGAAGUUUGGGGUGGCCUCUGAGGCACUCACGAGGGACAUCCUGGUCCCUGCUGCAGGGCCUGAUGCUUCAGAGAGCCCAGCGUACAGAGCAGUGGAAGGCCACGGACUUGAGACCCCACAAGGAAAGUCGAAGGGCUCCUCUUCCGAGAUGUUGGCCCUGUUUCCCAAGGACAGCUCUGUGGACAGGACCCACCAGCAGAUCCCGGUGGCCAGACUCAAGCUAGUCAACUCCCAAGCCAGGAUGCCUGCUAGCCCAGAGCUCUGGGGGCCCCCAGGCAUAGAGAUCAGUCUAGACAUGGUACCAACUGCCACUGGACUUCAGGACUGGACAGCCAGGGACAGAGAAGAGCUGGAAGAAGCUCCCCCAGACAGCCCUGCUCCCCCAGACAGCCCUGCUCAUCCAGACAGCCCUGCUCCCCAAGAUAGCCCUGCUCCCCAAGAUAGCCCUGCUCCCCAAGACAGCCCUGCUUCCCCAGACAGCCCUGCUCCCCCAGACAGCCCUACUCCCAUCGGCCCCAGGCCACCCCAGGUAGAGUACGUGACAGGAACCACCAGGUCCCAGGAGGAGCCAUGGGAAAGACAUGGACAAACAGGGCCCAUGCAUCCCCACAGGGACCCUGAUCAGAAGGGUCAGGGACAGCAGGACACUGGGAGUCAAGGAGCACAGGAACAGAUUAAUGGGAGGAAAGAGAACCCAAAACUGGGCCAAGAGGACACGGAGACUGGGGAGCUAGGAGACCUGACUCAUGGCAAGUGGGGUCAGGAGGAGAUGGGGUGGGGGCCCCAAAAUCUGAGGCUCGGGGACUAUGGAGAGGAGGAUACCCUGUGGGGGUCAGGGCAGAAUGGCGCGGACAUGCAGCCUGGACAGGAGCUGGCAGAGCAGCGUCCAGAUGGGGGGCUGAGUUCACUGCAAGAGUCAGAGGAGCAUGUGGGGACGAAGGCAGGGACAGUAGACAAGGAUUUGGAGCCCAAGCUAGGGACCAGGGGAGAGCAGACAGCUCACAAGGACCCCUCCACUCUGGCUCCCAUGGUUCCCAGCAUCUAUCAUCCUAGUGACCCGUUCCCUGAGGCCUCUUGCCCCAUAACCAGGGUUCCUGGGGCUCAGGUAGAUGCCUGGGCUGGAGAUGCUUCCCUCUCAGUGUCCCUGACCCCUGACCUGAAACCAGGAUGGUCUCACCUGCCCGAGUUCCUGCCCAGACCCUUUGCAGCUGAGGUGACCCCUGGCAAAAUGGCAUCUCAGGAAGUCCAGCCAGUAGGACUCACUAGUACCCCAGGAAUGCCACCCGGGGCCCUGGGCUCCCCCUGUUCAACCACCUCACUGCCUGCCAGCCCCAAAGGGGAGACCCUACCCGCUGCAAGGCUUGUGGACGCUUCCGGACCCUCCCCAUCCACCCACAGUCCAGUUCUCUGCAGGGUUCCUGAGACAGCCCCGACUAGCCUCAUGGGGUCACCUCCACACAGCCCCGCAGUGUCUCCCCAGAAGAGGCCCCCAGCUAGCUCCUCAGAGUCCCCGCAGCAUAGCCCCUCAACCAGCCCUGUGGGGUCCCUCUCAGAGAGCCCCCCAGCUAGCCCUUUGGGGUCCCCCCUGCACCUGAGGAGCAACUCCUUCCCAGGCCACCGACGGACUGAUCUGUCCCUGGAUGUCACCAGGUCACUUUCCUUCUCUCACUCAGAGUCAUCCCAGAGCCCCCCUAAAGGUGCCAUCUAUGGCUCUGUGGCCCCCAGGAGGGACAGGAGGAGUGGGAGGGACAAUGGGGUGACCCUAGUAUCACCCACUGUGUGUGCAGGGCCUGGGCUGCUCCCCUCCCCACCUGAGGACAGCACCCCCCUGGGGGCCUCCCAGCUCAGCCCAAUCCCAGUCCCACCUCCACCCCUGGACUCUGUGGAUGGGAAACUCCCAGCGCCCCCAGUCCCCUUGGAGAAGAAGUGUGUUCUGCCCCCCGUGGGGGAAAGAGACCCCUCUCACCAGGCGAUGAUCACUCCCCUGCAACGGUAUAGCCAUCCACCCUGUCGGCCCCUCCGCUCCACACUCCACAGCACCUCCAGGGGUCCACCUGAAUCCCUUAUUGCAAGACAGCUCCGACCUCUGCCUGCCAUCCCAGACUGCCCCCACCCUGCUCAGACCUCUCUGCCUCCCAGGUCGAGAUACAACAAGCCUUUGCCCCCCACUCCCUUGUCCCCUCUCAACUCCUCCAGGAGUCAUCGGCUUUAUAAGCCACUGCCCCCACUGCCUACCCUGGACCUUGGUGCCGAGCCACCUCCUCUGCCCCCAAAGGUCAGGGCCAGGAGCCGGAGCAUGCAGACAACGAUCAUGGACACUGGGGGCCAGACCAGGCCAAGAUCAGGAGGGCAGGACUGCCCAGCUCCCGCCGACCCCUCUCCUGGCCGCACCUCCUGGCCCCCUGCUGCCAGCAAGACCACGGACCCCAGGGUGACCACCAGCAGGAUGACGAGUGACACGGGCUCCAGCAUGGCCUUUAGCAACAUGACCAACUUUCUGAGCCUCUCGUCUCCCACCUCUGCCUGGGCCCCAGAGAUUGGAGCUGGCCCUCAAGAGGGGACUAGCAGCCCACGGGGAGUGGAGCAGGCCCCCCAAGGACCUUGGAUAAGAGCAGGCCCUCAGGAGGGGACGACCCUCAACCCACAGGGAACAGAGCAGGCCCGGGCAAGGGCACCAGAGAGGCCCAGCCAUGCCCCACUGGAGAAGGCAUCCAGCUGGCCCCAUCGGAGAGACCCUGGCAGACCUCCAGCCGGGGGCGUCAGGCCAUCAUCUGGGGAGGGGUCCAGCAAGAGCAAGGGCUGGAACCGGCAGGGCCUGCGCCGGCCCUCCAUCCUGCCCGAGGGCACCUCAGAUCAGAGAGUGGCCUCCAUGGAGAGGACCCCUGUCUCCUCAGACACCAUUGUUUUUCGGGAGAAGAAGCCAAAGGAGGCAGCCUUCUCCAGACGCCGCUCCAAGCUCAUCAACCCCCAGCUGCUCUACCAGGAUUACAGCGAUGCGUGUCUCAACAAGGAAAUCCAGAGUCAGCAGCGCCUGGACAGCCUGGCAGAGUCCUCCGCACUGGCCUCCCCGCGGCAGCCCCGCAGGGCCCUGGUCUCCUCCGAGUCCUGCCUGCAUCGCCUCUCCUCGGCCUCCAGCAGCUCGCUCUGGCAGGAGAUCCCCUCGGUCCGAGGCAGCACCGUGCUGCAGACCAUGACCCUCGAGGACCAGAAGCUGCAGGAGGCCAAGUUUGAGCUGAUCGUCUCCGAGGCCUCUUACCUGCGCAGCCUGAAUGUGGCCGUGGAGCAUUUCCAGCUGUCCAGCCAGCUCCGGGCCGCCCUGUCCAACCAGGAGCACCAGUGGCUGUUCUCACGCCUGCAGGACGUGCACGAAGUCAGCACCAUGUUCCUCUCCGACUUGGAGGAGAAAUUCGAGAAGGACAUCUUCACUUUCCACGUAUGUGAUGUGGUCCUGGACCACACCCCACACUUCCGCCGCGUCUACCUGCCUUACGUCACAAACCAGACCUAUCAGGAGCGCACCUUCCAGAGCCUGAUGAAUGGCAACAGCCUCUUCCGUGAGGUCCUGGAGAAGCUGGAGAGCGACCCCAUCUGCCAGCGUUUGUCCCUCAAGUCCUUCCUGAUCCUGCCGUUCCAACGUAUCACCCGGCUCAAGCUGCUGCUGCAGAACAUUCUGAAAAGAACGCAGCCUGGCUCUUCAGAGGAGGCAGAGGCCACGAAGGCCCACCAUGCCCUGGAGGAGCUGAUCCGGGAUUGCAACAACAACGUGCAGAGGAUGCGGCGCACGGAGGAGCUCAUCUACCUGAGCCAGAAGAUCGAGUUUGAGUGCAAGAUAUUUCCACUCAUCUCACAGUCCCGCUGGCUGGUCAAAAGCGGGGAGCUGACGGCCCUGGAGUUCCCCGUGUCCCCAGGGCCGCGGAGGAAGCUGAGCACGCGCCCUGUCCACCUGCAUCUCUUCAACGACUGCCUGCUGCUGUCCAGGCCCCGAGAGGGCAGCCGGUUCCUGGUGUUCGACCAUGCCCCGUUCUCCGAGGUCCGCGGGGAGAAGUGCGAGAUGAAGCUGCACGGGGCCCACAAGAACCUCUUCCGCCUCUUCCUGCGCCACAGCACCCAGGCCACGCAGGCCGAGUUCCUCUUCCGCACGGAGACUCAGAGUGAGAAGCUCCGCUGGAUCUCGGCGCUGGCCAUGCCCCGAGAGGAGCUGGACCUGCUGGAAUGCUAUGACUCCCCACAGGUGCAGUGCCUCCGAGCCUACAAACCCCGAGAAAACGAUGAGCUGGCACUGGAGAAGGCCGACGUGGUGAUGGUGACACAGCAGAGCAAUGAUGGCUGGCUGGAGGGCGUGAGGCUGUCGGACGGAGAGAGGGGCUGGUUCCCGCUGAAGCAGGUGGACUUCAUCAAGAACCCGGACGUCCGCGCACAGAACCUGAAGGAGGCCCAGCGAGUGAAACUGGCCAGGCUGCAGCUGGUGGAGCAGGGGUCCGAGCUGCCGAGGGUCUGA